GGGGUGUGAACCAGGUGCCAGUACGGAUCGCAUCUAGGUGACAGAUCUCGGUUUGAUCAACACACGACCGUCAUGCUGGCUCCUGCUCAAGAUCGCCCUGUCACCGUCGCCCUGAUCGGUGCGGGACAACGAGGAGGAAUUUACGCCGACUACAUCUCCCUGAACCCAUCAACAUGCCGUCUAGUCGCCCUCGCAGAACCUCGCCCGACCCGCCGGUCCACCCUAGCUAAACGACACUCCAUCCCCUCCGACCUAGUCUUCAAGGAUUGGAAAGAACUAGCCUCCCGUGGAAAAGUCGCUGAUGCCGUCAUCAUCGCUAUCAUGGAUCGAGGUCACGCCGAGGCGGUCAAAGUGUUUGCCGAGCAGGGGUACGAUAUCUUGUGUGAGAAGCCGAUCGCUACGUCGAUCGAGGAGUGUGUGGGGAUCGUCGAGGCGGUCAAGAAACACGGGGUCAUCUUUGGUUGUGGGCACGUCCUCCGGUACUCCCCCUACAACACCUCUAUCCGCCAAACAAUCUCCACAGGGAUCCUCGGCAAGAUCAUCAACAUCCAACACCUCGAACCCGUCGGCAGACAACAUUUCGCGCAUUCCUACGUCCGCGGGAACUGGAGGAACGAAAAGACGGCGAGUUUCUCGUUGAUGGCCAAGAGUUGUCAUGAUAUCGAUAUCCUCAACUUCUACCGGUCAGACCAGAUCGAACCUCGUUCACUCUCCUCCUUCGGGAACCUGAACCAUUUCAAACCUUCUGAGAAACCCAAUGAGGCUGGGGAUGCGACGCAUUGCGUUGGAUGUGCUUAUGAGCCCGAGUGCCCUUAUUCCGCUAAAAAGAUCUACUUGGAACCCGUCUACGACGGCCCGAAGAGGGAUAGCGGGGAUGAUAUCUGGGCCACCCAUAUCCUGGACGAACCCCCUGAUAUCGAGAAUGUCGCCGCGGCCAUCCAACCGGAUGGGAUCGCAGGUGGGAGGUGGGGAAAGUGUGUGUAUUCCGGUGAUAACGAUGUGGUGGAUCAACAGGUUGUUAAUAUCCAAUACAAGGACGGGACGACGGCCAGUUUCACCAUGGUCGCCUUUACGAAACAAGUCUGUAACCGCGUGACUCGAAUCCACGGUUCUCACGGCGAGAUCGUCGGCGACAUGUCUACCUACACCGUCACCGAUUUCCGAACAGGAGAAUCUACCCACCACGAGCCUGCCAACGAAGGCGGUGGGCACGGGGGAGGAGAUAUGGGACUGAUGAGGUCGUUCAUCCGGGCUUGUAGCGAGCAGGAUCAGACGGCUUUAGGGGUCGAGCCCGAGGACAUCUUGAGGAGCCACUUGAUGGUCUUUGCUGCGGAAGAGUCGAGGUUGAAGGAUCAGAACGUGCUGUAUGACGAUUUUCAGAAGAGGUGUUUAAGCGGAUCGGUGUGAGCGGCGAAGGGGUGUAUGUAAUGCUUUGUAACGAUUGGUAUGGUUGUAAAGUGUUAUCAUCAGCGAUGGUCAUGACCUGCAUACCUGA